GCCAGGUCUUCCCCGAAGGGCGCAGAAGUCUCCCCAGGAGGCGCGAGAGAAGGACUUCUGAGAAGCCCGGGGGGGGAAGCGAGAAGGGGCAGGCCUUCUUCAGACGUCGAAGAAGCCCACGCGAGCAGACUUGCCAAAACCUACCAGAGAAGCCGAUACCCCAGCAGGCCGAGAUGCCCCCGCUCGCCAGGCGCGCCCGCGCGGCGCCGGCGGGGCCGCGGCGGCGCGGCCCGCGCGCGGCGCCGGCGGCCCUCGCGGCCUGCCUCGUGGGCGCCGCCGCGGCCGCCGUGCUGGGUCCCGGCCACGAGCUGUGGCUGGGCGGGCGGGGCGCGGCGGCAGUGCCGAGGCAGCGGCACGUGUGCCGGCAGCAGGUCUCCGACGCCGGCACGGGCUUCGCGGCGGAGGUGGCGCGGCGCCCGCCUGGUGGCGACCUCGACGAGCGGCAGCGGGAGGCUCACGACGCGGCGCUGCGCGGGGAGAGCGUGUUCGUCACGGGGGGCGCGGGCGUGGGCAAGUCCACCGUGCUGCUGCGCAUCAUCGAGUCCCUGAGGGGCAAGCUCGGCGAUGCUGACGGGAGCAAGGUGGCGGUUGCGGCAGCCACGGGGCGCGCGGCCAUCGUGGUCGGCGGCCACACUCUGCACCACCUCGCCGGCAUUGGCGUUCCACGCUACGUGAGCGACUUCUGGAAGAUGUCUUCCAGGAAAGAGUUCUGGGAGGGCCUGGACGUUCUCGUCAUCGAUGAGAUCUCCAUGUUCUCCGGGGAGUUCCUCGACAAUAUGGAUCGGCAUCUGCGGCGGAUCCGCAAGAGCGACGAGCCUUUCGGCGGCCUGCAGCUGGUCCUGUCCGGGGACCCCUACCAGCUGGUUCCUAUCGAGCCAUCUUUCGGGGACAUCCGCGGCCUUGACGCAAAGGCGCUCGCCGAGGAGAGGCCAAGGGCGGUUCUGUUAGGCUCUAAGCGGAAGGACGAGCAGGAGCUGUUCCUCAACCGGGGUAUGUUCUUCCAUAGCGACGCGUUCUGGCGCCGAGGGUUCAGAACGGUGGAGCUUCGCACGAACCAUCGUCAGGAGUCAGCCGAGUACUACGAAGCCCUCGAAGCUUUGCGGUCAGGGGGGGACGAGCUACAAAUGAAUAGCGCCAUCGUCUUCUUCAAUGCGCGGGUUCGCCCGCUCACCGAAGACGAUAGUGCCCUGCAAAUGGUCGCAACGAUCGCAACGAUGAGAGACAUCAAUGCGGAUCGUUUGGGACGGUUGCAGGGCGAGUCGAGGACGUUCCAGGCAAACGACAGUGUGAUGUUUGAGGAUGACUUCGACGAGAGUCCAUUACGGAAGGCCCUGUACGACGACCCAGAGAAGGCGCUGUGGGACAGCCAGUUCUUUGAGGACCUCAGCAACGGGUGUCCUGCCCUGAGGGACCUGGAGUUGAAAGUGGGUGCACGGGUGAUGCUGGUGGCCAACCUCCCUUCCAUACAUGAAAGACUAGUGAACGGGCAAGCUGGGGAGGUGACAGGAAUCUCACCCCUAGGUGAGGCAGACUGGGUAGACGUAAACUUUGACGAUAUCGGCCCGAAGCGGAUCUUCCCGUAUCUCUUUGAAUCGGUGAUCCCUGGCUUGGGUUCGUGCUUCAGAUCGCAGAUCCCUUUGCAGCUCGCGUGGGCGAUCACCCAUCACAGGUCCCAGGGGCAGUCGUUCACCAAAGUUCGCAUUGACCCGUAUGCAUUCACUGAUGGUCUACUCUACCUUGCGCUGUCUCGAUGUCGCACCAUUGAGGGCUUGGAGCUCACAAAGGACAUUUUGCCCGAGUACGUCAUGGUGAACCAGGACGCCAUGACAUUUAUGAAAUCCCAAGGGGACCCGCGUGCACAGGAGAUGUUGGGUACCUGGAUGCAGAGGCCCCCGCCGGACUCGCUGUUUUCAGCGCAGUUCUACCAGCUCGAACCAGUAGAGAAGUAG